AGACCCGGCCUUAGAAAAAGCAAGCAGCUCGAUUUAUCAGAUGUUUUAUCAGAUCCUGUCGUGGCUUUUGGAGAAAGGUACUUCUUGUCUCUUCAACUUUUUUUUUGUUUUAUCCUACCUACGGCGGUACCAGUAUAUUUUUGGAACGAGACUUGGGGUAGAGCCAUCAUGUCGCAAGUAUUCAUACGAUACAUGAUUACUACGCACUCCGUGUGGACUGUCAAUAGCAUUGCUCAUGCAUGGGGCACUAAACCAUACAACAAGAAUAUAAGACCGUCAGACAACAAUUUUGUUAACUUCGUGACAGUAGGAGAAGGCUAUCACAAUUUCCAUCACGUGUUCCCGUGGGAUUACAGGUCGUCGGAGAAGGGAAAUAACGCAUUCAAUUACACCACUUUCUUCAUUGAUACUUGCGCGAAAUUAGGACUAGCUUAUGAUCUUAAGUACCCGUCCGCGGAUCUCAUAAAAAAUGUCAUACUGAAGACAGGUGACGGGACCCAUCCCAUAAUGUCUGAAAUACCGAGGCCGGAAUCGGAUUAAACAACGGAUAUAUUUUAAAGACGCAUAAACUGUAAUGAUUUACAACUACCUAUGUAUGUACAAUGUAAACUACAUUGUUUGAUAUAUUUAUGUAAAACAUGAGUAAUCUAUGGAGAGGAUCAUCGAAAAUUUAUAUUUCGUCAGCAACAUCGGUUUUUAUAAUCUUGUACUUUGUCGCAAUUUUAUUUUCAUGACGCUAUUAUUUAGCUUGGAUUGAUAAUUUUUAAGACGUCAGAGAAAUAAACUUUAUGCAUAUUGUGCGUUGCUACAGUGAGCUUAAA